UUAUUACAAUUACUACAUACAACUUUAUAUACUUGCCGAUUUUUCAGGAGCAGAAACCAAUGUGGUGCAAAAAAUGUGGUCUAUUGACAGCCAUUAAGGAUGCUUUUAUGAUGAAAAUGAACGCGUUCAUGAAGUCGAUGUCGUCGUUCGCCCCAGCGCCGAGUGGACAACGUCUCUUGUCGGCGUCUCCGUGGACUGCAGAAUUAAUGAUGCCGCAGCUCGCUCCGCCACAGUCGUCUUGGUGGUCGUCGCCCACUCCAUCGUUUUGGCGGUCACCUCCAUCGUCGUCGUCGAAUUGGUGGUGGUGGUGUUGACGAACGUAUCGUCCGACGAACAAAUCGCUGAGAAAAAAAUGAUACAAAAAACGAUUUAGCCCUUACACUGCAGGCCACGCGCCUACCCAUAACACAUUAUAUCAUUACGUGUAAUAUUGUUAUUAGUAUUUAAUGUACCUUUUUAUAUCAACACGUACACGUUAUACACGCUAUACUAUAUAAUAUAUUAUGUGAUUGCGUUCUGUACAUAUACAAGUAUUGUAGUACGUGAUUUUAGUACACAGCAAUAUAGUACGA